UUAUUAGGUGGUGGAGGAUCAUUUUUGGGUGGGGGAUCAUUUUUUGGUGGUUCUGGAGCUGGAGGAUCGUUUUUAGGUGGAUCUUCUUUUGGAGCUGGGGGAUCGUUUUUAGGUGGGUCGUUUUUAGGUGGAUCUUCUUUUGGAGCUGGAGGAUCGUUUUUAGGUGGAUCUUCUUUUGGAGCUGGAGGAUCGUUUUUAGGUGGGUCGUUUUUAGGCGGAUCAUUUUUAGGAGCGUCAUUCUUAGGUGGAUCAUUUUUAGGAGCGUCAUUCUUAGGUGGGUCUUGUCGUUUUUGA